AUUUAUAGAAGUCUAUUAUCUAAUUAGUAAAAGGUGCAUGCUAUCCUUGAAUAAUCUGAAAGCAAAUUGUGUAAAAAUUGGAGGGUGAGAUUGUGGAGAAUUGAUAUCUAUAUGGGUUUGAAUCCUUGGAUGAUUUGUAAGAGUUAUAAAAUUGAGAAAUGAUUGAUGUAUUGAUGUAUUAUGAUAGUUUUUGUUUAUGUGAGGCCGUUUGGGUUAACAGAGACUAUCGUCAAUAUAUCAAUAACUUCUAUUAACAUUGGUCUUGUGGUAAGUGACCUGCACUCAUUUCUUGUUUGAUGGCAAUGGUGAUGGUAUAUCAGUUAUAUAAGUUUCAAAUAUUGUACUUCUAUAUCAUUCUUUUUGUUAAGCCAUCUGAUUUUUCUAGGUGUGACUACUUGGACAUAUGUGGGGAGCCCGAAUUUAUGGAAGGAGUGGAGGCAAAGUACCAUGAAACAGCAGUUGCUACAGGCUCCUUGGUGGUUUCAGCUUGUGGUUUCGAUUCUGUUCCAGCUGAACUGGGGCUUAUUUUCAAUUCCAGGCAGUGGGUGCAUCCGGCUAUUCCUAACCAUGUUCGGGCAUAUGUAAGCUUGGAGUCAAAUAUAAGGAUGGUUGGAAAUUUUGGGACAUUUGAGUCAGCAGUGUUAAGUGUGGCCAAUGUAGAGAAGUUGCAGGAGUUGAGGCAGUCAAGACCAAGACGAGCAAGGCCAGUGAUUGCUGGUCCUGCUCCUCCCAAAGGACCAUUGGUAGAACAUCAAAAGAAAAUUGGUCUCUGGGCUGUGAAGCUGCCUUCCGCUGAUUCAAUUGUUGUCCGUAGAACUCUUUCGACUCUUGCUGAAAAUCCACAUGGUCUUCCUGGGGUUAAUGAGAGUGCUGAGCAGAGAGAAAGGAGGGAGGCCUUCUGGUCAACUGUGAAGCCAGCUUACUUUGGGGUUAAGAUAGGAUCCAAGUCUCUGUUAGGCAUAUUUCGAUUCAUGAUAAUCGGAAUGUUCAUUGGGCUGUUGGGUAAAAUUUCUUUUGGGAGGUGGCUUCUUUUGAAAUUUCCUUCAAUUUUCAGUCUUGGAUUGUUUAGGAAGAAGGGUCCAUCAGAGGAUGAGGUAAGAAGUGCUUCAUUUAAAAUGUGGUUUGUCGGCCAUGGAUUUAGUGACGAGAGUCUUAUCUCACAAGAAAAAUCAAAGCCUGACAUGGAAGUAAUAACAAGAAUAACAGGACCAGAAAUCGGCUAUUCGACCACUUCAAUAAUACUUGUUCAAUGUGCUCUUGUUGUCUUGAGCCAACGUGAAAACCUAGUCAAGGGAGGAGUAUUCACACCUGGCGUUGUAUUUGGUACCACUGAUCUCCAACAACGACUCCAAGAAAACGGAAUAUCUUUUGAUAUCAUUUCAAAGAGUUCGCUCCCUCGUUAACUGGUACACACUUUAUGGCAUUUCUAGGAACAUCUGAGUGUAUAUGAACUUCUAUCUUGGCAUACUUAUGUGUUGUUAAAUAAAAAGUUAGUAGUUAGUUAUAUAUGUUGUUAUCC